GUGCAGCUUUUGGGAAUUUGUUGGAGAAAAUACUAAAGAAAAGCAAAGAUCAAACACAUUGUAACUAACUAGUCAAAGGGAAGAACAGAGGAAAGGAAAGCAAGAUGCCCGAAGAAGAAGACCAAAAUGAAAGGGUUGACCAACGUGAUCACCGAGAAGUGAUGGCUGGCAAUAUGAAAUUACCAAUGAGAAUUUUGUCGGUCAGAGUACCAAAAGCUGCGAGCUCAGCCAUUGGCAGCCGGAUUCACGGGGGAGGGGUUGGGGACUGUGAAUUUACCAACGAAGUCUUUGUCGGUAAAUUCACCGAGAUGAAUCCUGUUGUAGAUUGAAUUAGUUACAGGUGUGAUCUUUGUCGCUGAUUUGUUUAUUGGUUUGCUUGUUGCCGGAGUGUACUUUGCAGCAUAUUACCGACGAAGGGCACGUGUGUAUCAUGCAAAUUUACCAAGAAAAAUUUUGUCUGUACCUUAAAUAAUAUAAAUUACUCUUAUUUUU